UAAAAAUGGUCAAAUUCCCAUUCCAAGGACACACAAACUAAGCUUUCAACACCCAAACCCUUAAAAAUCAUGGAACGUGGUGAUGAGUUCAGUCGUUUUCCCAAGCUUGCAAAAUCAAAUUCUGGUUUGGGUAUCAUUCAACAUGGUGAUUCAUCGGACUCCAUUAACAACGUUAACAACAUCUUCAACAUCACCGACAGUGUCAGCAAUGCCGGCAACAUCUUCAACAUCACUGACAAUGUCAGCAACGCCGGCAACAUCUCCAACACCAGCAACACCAAUGCCGUCAGCACCAUGCCUCCACCGGGCCCGGUGUUGCGCGAACAGGAUCAGUACAUGCCAAUAGCCAACGUGAUCCGCAUCAUGCGCCGCAUCCUACCACCCCAUGCCAAAAUCUCAGACGAAGCCAAAGAAACCAUCCAAGAAUGCGUUUCGGAGUUCAUCAGUUUCAUCACCGGGGAAGCCAACGAACGCUGCCAAAGCGAGCAACGCAAGACCGUCACCGCCGAGGACAUCCUUUGUGCCAUGGGAAAACUAGGCUUUGACGACUACAUGGAGCCCCUCACCGUUUACUUGACCCGGUACAGGCAAUCCGAAAACGAGAGGACUUCACUGCGCGGGGACACCUUUUUGAAGCGCGGGAAUGCAUAUGGGCCAAUGAUGAUGCCCCCUCACGGCGUCGCGCCUUUCAAUGCGGGGUUUCAGGAAGGGAUGACGGACGCCACCUCCGCCGCCGCCCGAGCCAUCAUGGGUGGAUACAACCAUGGUGCUCCUCCAGGUGGUGCCGCUGGAUCAUCAUCGCAGCAGGCUCCUUUCGAUAACAACUUGGAUCCAUUUGAUGUGUUCAAAUGAGAAAAUAUGGAUUAAAAAAGGGAAAAGCAAAUUUAAUUUGAAUAAACAGAUAAUCAUAGUAUCAAAGUAGCCGUUGUUUAGGGAUAUAUGGAGAAGGCAAGUAUACAGAUACAGUGUGGGCAUCAGUUAGGGUUAUAAUUUUCAUUUUGCUUAAGGAACUUGAACAUGUAUCUGUUCAUUGGUAUGGUUUAAACAGUUACAGUAAUAGGAUUGCUUGUGCUUUUUUAAUGUAUUUGGAGCUGAA